AGAGGAGACCACCAGGGCGUGGAGAUGGAAGCAAACCUGUAUCAUCCAUGGCCUGUGCCUUUGGGUUGGCUGAGGGAACAGUCCUAAGAUGCUCCCACAGUGUUUUAUCCUGUGGAAUGACCUCUCUCCUGCAAAACUGUUAUUGGAGGUGCUGCCCCCCGACCACCACCAUGCCUGAAGUCGAGAGAAAGCCCAAGAUCACGGCCUCCCGCAAACUCUUGCUGAAGAGCCUGAUGCUGGCCAAGGCCAAGGAGUGCUGGGAGCAGGAGCAUGAGGAACGGGAGGCAGAGAAGGCACGCUACUUGACCGAGCGCAUCCCCACGCUGCAGACCCGAGGCCUGUCCCUCAGUGCCCUGCAGGACCUGUGCCGGGACCUGCACGCCAAGGUGGAGGUGGUGGAUGAGGAGAGAUAUGACAUUGAGGCCAAAUGCCUCCACAACACCAGGGAGAUUAAGGACCUGAAGCUGAAGGUGCUGGACCUCCGUGGGAAAUUCAAGCGUCCACCACUGCGUCGGGUCCGGGUCUCAGCUGACGCCAUGCUCCGGGCUCUACUGGGCUCCAAGCACAAGGUGUCUAUGGAUCUGCGGGCCAACCUGAAGUCAGUGAAGAAGGAAGACACAGAGAAGGAACGGCCGGUGGAGGUGGGUGACUGGAGGAAGAAUGUGGAGGCCAUGUCUGGGAUGGAAGGCCGGAAGAAGAUGUUUGAUGCCGCCAAGUCUCCGACCUCACAGUAGAGGCCGGCUUGCUGCGCUGUGCUCUGGGCUUCCGCUUGCGCUCCUCUCUCCGACCUGGCUCACCUACCUCUCUGCAUCCUACCCUGCCUUUCUGGAGCCUCCCAUCCUGUUUCCACUCUCCCCUCCAGCCUGAGUGCUCUCCUCUGGAACUGGGAUUAAACAGACACCCAAGAGGACAAACAGCAGUGUCUGAAGACUUCAUCCUGGCAGGGUGGAGACCCCGGCCAGCCAGGGUGUAGCCAAGCUGAGGAGGAAGAGGUGUGAGAGCACCUUCCCUCUGGCCCCUUGCCACAUCCCUCCACUGCUUCUGUGACAUGUAGAGUGCCCCCAGGUAUCACAGCUUCUCCAUUAAAAACCAGGGUCCUGGUCAUUUCUGUAGCUCUGGCUGUGAGUGCUCAGAAGAAGCAGGGAGUCUAGAGAGAUGGAUGUGCUGGGCUCCAGGCAGGAGCUCAGAGUUGGAAUGGAGGUCUAAGGAAUUGGCAGCUGUCUGCUAAGGCCCCUCGGGGACCCAUUCUGCUCAGUCCCAGUGGCAUCACACCGCACCCCGUCACCACCCAGGAUGCUCAGAUUACCGAAGCCCUAACCUCUGCAAUAGUCCCAGCCCCUCCUAAGGACUCCAGCCAUCAAGAUGGGCCUCUCCAUUCGAGCCCCUUGUCCCGCUUGAUUUCACAGUUCCCUUUCUCUGCAAACCUGGAUCACCUCUCCCUGGCAGCUGCUGGAUGUUCCUGACUAUUCUGGACUGAGACGUCAGGGUGCUUUCAGGCCCUCACCUGGUCCUACAGGCACAGGGCGGGAGUUAAUCCGCACCCCGGCCCAGCCGGGAGGGACACCUUGCAGUUCUGUGUCUUGCCACUAGGUGGCUCCUUUCCCCAUCGCAGCCCCGGGGGCUCUCCCGUCCUGAUCCCCUGCUCUCUCCACCCUCAUGCACCCUCCUCCCAGUCAUUUUCUCUUCACACUCCUGGACUGGUCAUAUCCUCCAGGUCACAUCCUCCAGAUCCACUGUCCUCGAGGUGGGCCGGCCGGUGAUCCGUCCUCUAGGUCUGGUUCUUCCUCCAUCCCACUGAUACCUGGACCCAAAGCGUGGUGAGGGGUGCGAGCCUGCUGGGGUGGGAUGGGGAGGGGCAGCCCCCCUCCCUGCCCUCCCACAUACGAGGGGAGUGGCUUCUCUGGAGCAGAGACCAAAGUUCUGGGAAGAGCAGAGCCUGGCUUUUCAGGGCAGUGUCCUGGUGACUCCUGAACUAAGCCUACAAAACCGGGGCCCUUUGGCUUUUAACCACCUCAGCACUGGUCCCAAGAGAGGCUGAGCUGCCUGAGGAGUCCCCCUUCCUCCCGCCCUGUGACUCCCUGUUCUGCCCUCUGCUCCCAGUGUAUUAUUUGCCAUAAAUACGAGAAGCUGGGUACAAAGGGCAGUGCCAGCUACUCUCUGGGGCAGGGUCUAACAGCCAGGGCUGCUCAGCCCGUCAGCCCCUGCAGGGACCAGCAACUUGGGAUGGGGUAGGCGAGGAGGUCUCUGCCCGGGGUUCUUGCUACAAACAGCCCAGUAGGCAGAAGGGCAGUUGUGUGCAAAGAGAACAACUCCUACCAUACACAGAAACCCUUAGGCACAAACACACCCAGUCUCUCUCAUAUACACACAUACAAAGCUGGAGAACCUGAUGGGGCCAGCCCGCGCCACAGAGGAUGGGGUUGGGCUUCAUGCCCGGGCAGCCACAGAAACCCACCCUUCCCUGCCUCACAGAGCUCCUCCCGGCUGGCCUGGGUCCAAAGCAUGGUCUCCUUGCUCUGUCUCUGCUCAGCCCUUUGAGAGAGCCUGGCCCCAAGUUCCAGAGCCAAAUCUCAGUUCCGCCAGUCGACUACUAGCCUGGGGCCCUGGCGGACUGGGGUCUCCACCCUGCCCUACAAAAGCCGGAGACCAGCCCCAGGCCUGACUCAAAACAAACACCAGGGUGCAGAGUGCCCGUGGGGCCAACUCAACACACCCAAGGCGAGGGCCCUGUGGGAAAGUGCCAUGGCCCGGCCCGUGUGGAGGCUUUCUGGAGGUCAUCAUCUGGUCCCUCUUGCUUCCCAGCAGGGCUAGAACCAAUCCAUCUCUUGGGAGGGUGGAGCAAGGGCAAAGGGGCAAAAAUGCUUCUUGAGAGUGAAGACCAUGGGAACUGAGUGGGUGAGGGAGGAGGUGAGCUCUGUCACAGGGCUGCUUGGGGGGGAAGAGCAACCUUUGGGAGGGGGCUGCUAGUAGAGUUGUAGCUGUGAACAGGGAGGCAUGGUAUCUGGAGAGCCAUGAGUCUACUCUCUCUCACCAUGGAGGGCCAACACCAGACCGGAUACAGGGGGAGCUGAGCUGGGAGCUGGGCCUCCCACUAAAAACACCUCCCACUUGCAUCACAUUGAGUAUAUGCCGGGCGCCACUCUACACAUCUUCACAUUUCACCUUCACAAUGCCCCUCUGAGAAAGGGGCACAGAGAAGUUAACGCCUGCCCUCCCAUGGUCACACAGCAAGUGAAUGGAGGGGCCGAGAUUCGACCCAGGCAGUCAGAGUCCAUAGGCUUAGUCACUAUUUUAGUAAUAAUAAAAAUGAUGCUCAAUGCUUUAUCAGAAUUAUAUCAUUACAUUCUCACAAAAUGCUAAGAAGUAGAUACUCUUUUUUUUUAAAGAUGUAUUUAUUUAUUUGAGAGAGAGCGAGAG